UGCAUAACUGUUCUCUUCACAGGGAUGUACUUCCAGAUCAGAGACUUUGUCCUAAGCUGUCAAGAGUGUCAGAGCCAGCGCACCAAGAAAACAGAGGGGCUGGGUGGCAGAGGAUGUGUCACAAAAACGAUGGCGUCACACAGCACCGACAUGCUGAGCAAGCUGAGGAGUCAACGGGAGGCGGGGCUCUUCUGCGACAUCACCCUGCGGACGAACGGCCGAUCCUACUCGGCCCACAGAGCUGUUCUGGCCGCCGUCAGCGAUCACUUCCAGGAAAUCUUCACAGAGAUGGACUCAAACAUGAAAGCAGACAUAGAUCUCACUGGUUUCAGUGAGGAUAGCCUUCUAUCGCUGCUGGAUUUCUCCUACUCCUCAACUCUGUGCGUUCGUCAGGAGGACCUACCUGAAGUCAUCGCCAUGGCCCGCCACCUGGGCAUGUGGCCUGCAGUGGAAGCCUGCUCUGCUCUCAUGAAGGAGCAGGAACAGCAACUCCGACCUGGCAAGAGCUUUACCUCAGCCUGUGCAGGUACAUGCCACGAGCGUCACCACCAGCAAAGGGAAAACAAAAGGAAAAAAGUUUUGGGACUAGAGGACAACAUGAACGACAACUUCAGUCUAAUGCUGGAUGCAUCAGAUGAGUCUUUAGAGGAGAGUCCCAGGCGCAAUUUGCGCAGAGUGGCAAGACCCCAAGGUCAUAACUGCCUCCCUGUGAGUCCCUCACACAGAAUGAAGCUCAUGGACUUCAAAUCUCCCUCUUCCAAGAAAGCUACUAUACCUCGACACACCAUAGGCAAUCUUCAGUCACAGAACUACUCACCCAUACCUCCAUCAAACACCCGUCUUCUCCGCUCCUCUCCUGGAGCUGCCAAGGAGGUUCAGAGGUUGCUGCCAAUGACAGAGAGCCCACGACGCAACCGAAAGCCUCACCCCAUUACUCGGCUCUCAUGCACCUCAAGAUCAAGGCCCAGCGCAGCUUGCAGCCCCAUGAGGGUGAAGCAGGAAGUAGAGGAGGUUGGGGAAGAUGAAGAGGAUUAUGCAAGAGCACAGGAGAAGUACAAGUUGAUGAAUGUUCUGGGGCUACAGAGGACUGCUCUCCUUCCCAGACCAGAAGAUCUGAUCGGGUGGAGACAAAAGAAGCGACUUAGGAAGCUGAAGGCCAACAACUAUUCACUUACCAAGCGGCGGAAACCCCGCCCCACAUCCCCAGGGCUACCAUAUGGGGAUGUGACUCUGUCACUUCCCCUCUGUAACCCUGUUAACACUCGUCUCCUCAACAAGUCAGUGAAGGCCAAGCCUGUGGGCCCAGUGAGCACCGAGCAGAUUACAGCAAAGAGGCCAAAGACCGUACUGAGACAUGUCCCCCCAAGCGACAGGAGCAUGCGAAGUAAAGGUGUGUUACCAGACAUGUUCCAACCUGCGUCCAGGCCUUCCUUCGGAGGGAGAGAACUCAGGCGGUCAGUGAGGAAGGGUGACGGUGCUCACCUUCCUGCCCAGCAGCCUCUACGACGUAGCACCAACAAACCUCUUGUGAGAAACACAGUCAGGAUCAAAUCAGAACCAGCUGAAUACUCUAUCUCAGGUCUCUCUCUUUCAUCAGACAGUCAUCUUGGCCACACAACUCAGAGAUCCCCGCCUUCACAGAGGGCCAGAAAUAAAGUCACUGCAGAGACGGUCAAAACACUGCGUUACAACAGCAGCCGACCAGCAACAAAGGCCAAGCUUAAGCGGGGCUCCGCUAGAGAGGUGGAGAAGACCAAGUGUAAGCCCAGGGAGGAGGGGAAGAAAGUGGGGAGCCAGGGGCUGAAGGGGGUCAUGGACACUAAACUGAGAGUGAACGAUAAUGAACCUAGUGGGCUCCAGUUUUCAGAGCAUGGACCACCACCGUCCAUCUACAGCCACCCUCUGUACAAAGUCAUUAAAGAGGAGCCAGCAGAGCCGGUGCCAGUUGUUGGACCUUUCCCUGAUCCUCCCUCACCAGACCUGGGCAAACGCCAGAGCAAGCCCCCCAUCAAAUUACUGGAUUCAGGCUUUCUAUUCAGUUUCUGUCGGCCAGCAGGGGGGCCCAUGGCAGUACUGAAGAAAGAGGAGGAGAGCGUGGAUAUCUGCUUGACGCGCUCUGUGUCACAAGUUGGGGAGAAAUUUGGAGAUGAAGAGCCCCCCCACAGGGCACUGAGGGCCAGAGGGCCGCCCACCCUGCCUGUGGUUAAGAGGGAGAGGGAGGAGAGGAAAGUGACCCAAAACAGGGUUCAAAAACCCAGGGGAAAAACUCGAAACAAUACCCUUCAUCUGCCCAAAUCUGCUGGGUCCAAGGCCACACGGGCCAUGCCAAAGGUACCUAAUAGGCAACAAGGUAAAGUCCUCACUCUGAGCAGCAGGAACUGCAUCGUGCUGGAUGCCGUGCGACGGGCGCGGCUAAAACAGCUUCGGGGGCCUCGUAGUCAAGCACCUAAAGUCCCAAAGGCAGCCCACGCGUGUCUGCAGUGCUCUGCCUCCUACAGGGACUGUGAUGCUCUAAUCAUGCAUCGCCUCAGGCAUAUCGAGGGCAAGCACUGGCCCUGUCCGCUCUGCAGUAAGACGUUCUUUCGACUAAGGAAUGUACGGAACCACAUUCGCACCCAUGACCCCAAGUUGUACAAAUGCCGGAGCUGCAUCAUUUCCGGUUCCUGAAGCAGCCAGAGGGGUCUGCUCAGGCAGCAAAACUGGGGAUGAAGGCUGUCAGUGUCUGACACCAGCGAACAGAACAGAAACCAGAGGCACAUGAUCGAUCAGCAGCUUGUACAUAAUGCAUCCGUAACACACAAGCACAACGGUCUGUGGAAAGGCAUAAUUACUCUGAUUUCUAAUCAUUGCCGUCGUCAGUGAUUGCUAAUGUUAUUUAAAUAACCAAACCGAGGUUGCUGUUCCUGUUUGCGUUUCCAUAGCUACAGAAGGUUAAACUUGAACAUUACUCUCAGGGGGCGGGGGAAUGUGAUGCCACGGUAUAAAGUGAUAUAACAUCACAGUUGUGUAUAAAAUGAGAUGUAAAGUGAUUGUUAUAACUAUUACUGCUACUUAUUGUUAUCAUUAUUUUUCUAUGUAUAGAUGAAUUUUGAGUGCACUUAUAUCAUAGCUUAUGUUGUAAACCUAAGAAGUGGUAAUGGAAUUGAAGGUUUGGCGUCCACGGCAGGAAUACUUGAAGUGUUGGAGGGAAUACUUGAAGUUAGAGGGGAUCAUAGGAGUGAGAUCGUUUGGUGUAUCGGUGGGUCUUUGUCCUUUCUUGUGCUAACUUUUAAAUGAUUUGACUAGUCUCUCCCUCCUUUCGAAUUGCUAGUCUCACAUAGUCCAUGAGUCGGGGAUUUGACUCAGGGCUGGUAUGGUGACAUCACUGCAUGUGCAUUUUGCAGGCCAUUUGUCGUCCACUGUCUUUUCUAAGGCUGCCAAUUUUAAAAAGGGAAACGUGUCUCGUUUUUAAUGUGAAUUUCUGAAUAGUAACACAGCUGUGUCAUUACUGAUGUUUUAUUGAACUUUUCUUCCACUUCAAUCGAAAACACUUGUCCUACUUCAAAUUCCCCUCCUACCGAGUAAAUGCAAUGUGUGCACAUAAAGAGAUGUUUCUUUCACAAAUUGAUUUUAGAAGUAAAUGAGCUGUCUCUCGCUAUCUGUUAAAAGACUGAAUAAAUUUUUGCCUUUUA